GCGGAAGCUCCGUCAUAGAACAACUCGGGUAAUGAUGAGUCGAAAUUGAUUAGGUCAGCAACUUGAAGCUCCGUCUGAAUCUUCCCUACGCAGGCAGCGUCCACCGCGUCUACCCAAUCCAACCUCUUCCGCAGCCGAUCCAUGAAAUGAAGUCGCUAAUCUGCCAACAAAGUAAUACAAUCACUUGCUGCUGUCUUUCGGCGAGACCCUCAGAGCCAUGAUGUACGCACCGCAGCGCAACCCGUAGGAAAGCACGGACCAGUUCCACCUACUCAAACUCCUUAAAACGCAUGCUCUCAAUAUCAUUGGUACUGGAGGAUCCUACGACGUUGGAUGACUAUCCUUUGUCCAUUUGAUUGGUAUGUCUGGUUUCGCUCUUCUUACCAUCGUGUCUGACAACCGCCACUCAGAGAUCAGAGCAAUAAUGACUCUACUCCCGCGGGACACGGAUAUGGAUAUUCAAUACGUUUAGGCGGCACCGUCCGCUCAAUUGAAGGAGGUGCAGCGAGCGAGGCUGACGUGCGUUGGGCUUGAAGCCUGGCAGGGAUCGUUGACGAAGAGCAAUGGGCCUUGCGUUUCGCGCUGCACAGGGAUAUCCGAACAGAAUCCACACCGUCCACGCACUGCGCCCUCUGGCUUCAGCAUCUUCCAAGGCUUCACGACGAGCGAGCUUAGCCUUUCUACCCCAUGCUAUCUCGAACCCCUCUGCACGAUCCCAACGUUAAAACCGCCGCUGGAAAUCAUCCCGCUGUUUCCACAGGUAUCGGCCCCGCAGCUCCCCUCCCCCUCGUGCUGAAGCCUUUGUAUGCGGCACUUAACAUCUCACACAAAGACAAGGCGGGCGCGCAACAUGUCGGGAUGUGCUGCUGCGGAUGGAGCUGGGACAAGAAGGCACUCGAUGAGCCGCCGCAAAGGGGGACCUGUGAGAGUGAGUAACACCGGAGCUGGCUUUUGGUAGGCUCACUCCACAUGGCACUACUCGUACGGACUAGCUCCUUGACGCAUGUUCGCUGUGUCGUUGGGUCGAAAGGGAGCGGGGAAUGCUGUAAGCUGUAUCGAGUCAGCGAGCGGGAGACGAAGGGGAUCUCGAUGUAUCAGAGUGAUGUCGCGCAUUUCUUUAUCGACGCCGUCACGAUAACACGGUGUUAGUUUGAGAACAUGCGAGUCAGUAUGACUCACUAGCACUGGCCGUACGCAUCAUUCUUGAGUGUUCCCUGCUGCACAUACUUGGAGCAACUGCUGUGUCGCUAAUACUUGCUGUCAUGCAUCGCACCUCCGGACAUUCUAGAUUCAGACCUUGCAUGCAGUGGCUUUCAAUAACAGAUUCUUAUGCACGCUGACCGGCACUUGAAUCUUGUGUGAUGUCGAGCAGCAGGUGUGGGUGACUGCGACUGAGUCCCGCCCCGAUCACAGAGCAAAACCUCACUCAAGCGUGAUCUUUUCGCGAUUGUCCCAUCACGAGCGGCGAACGGGGUGAGUCCCCCCUGCAUCUAUCAGACAUAGACGCCUGUAUGCGCUGACUCGGGAACGCCUCGACAAGUCAUUUGACUGGGUAUUGGGACAGUCACAGGUCUUCUGGAUAGGAUGCUAUGAACGGGAGACGAUCAGGCGUUUUUUCACGUCUCGGUGUGAGUGCUUCCGGCGGGAUAUUUUGGCCGGCUUCUCGCGAUAGCGAGGUUAGUCCCGCACCGCCCAUCGAAUUAGUCCGUUUGCGGUGGACAUGGUUGGGCAUGCGUGGGGGCCGAUGACUACCAUGCCCACCUUCUGCCCGCGCUCAAUUCAAUGCCACGCGAGGAUCAACGACAUUUCUACCGCCUUCUACAGCUGCGUAGGAUCAGAAAGUCGAGAAUGUUGGUACUCACGUCAUUUCGUCGGAUUAGGCACUUGGGGAACGAAUCUGAGUUGACAUGCUGUAUUGAUUUCUCUGUGGCCGACGCUACGGGACAAUCAUCCUCACGGUCAGGCUGUGCAGAGUCUCGUCUCGAAGGCCGGCGCCUCAAGAGUAGCAUGGGUCACGCCGUCGAUCCACAUAUAGAGCGAGUCACUGCGUUGAUAAGGACGGGAGAGGCUGGAAGGAAAGGUGUGUCUUUCUUGCACCACUCUGCGUCACUUCCCGGCCUCCCUGCCUCCCGCAACUGACUCGCUUUGCCUGUGCACUGCAUAAUGCGUCGAUUUUUCGGGUUGGACAAUGGCAAAUCGUCGCCGCGCCCUCCUCGGCCGCGCCCGUCCCUCCGCACCACUAUCAGCACGUUCUUGCAUCCGUCCUCGGGCUUCCAGGCCCCGACUCGCUCUGCGAUUAACACCUGGGCGCCCGUCAAUACACUGACGAACCAGAACGACGUGCAGAUCCUCAUCAGCCGGAUUCGCACUGCUGCUGCGUCGACCUCCGAGACUGGAGACCGAGAGCUCGUUCUCGAGCUCUGUGAUCGCGCGUCGUCGGAGGAAACCGCACGAGAGACGGUCAGAGCAUUGAAGCACGAGUUCGAAUCCGGAACUACUGCUGCGCAACUCAAUGCUGCUAGGCUUUGGGCAAUCCUGCUGCGCAAUUCCUCAUCAGUUUUUCAACAGCAUUCGGUUGCGGAGGACUUUCUGGCCGCUCUCGAACGACUGAUGAUCUCACCCGAGACGUCACAUCUUGUCCAUCAGCGGGUUCUCCGUGUCCUGGGCGAUGCUGUAUUCAACUAUCCUGAUUGCUGGCCUUUCCGGCGUCUCUGGCGCAUGGUGAAAGGGGCAGACCAACCGGAUGAUGGUGCAUUGUAUAACGCGUACGACGAUGUUCUGAGGCCUUCGAUUAUCAUCGAUGCUCCGUCGAAUCAGGGCACCACCAUUCUCGACGACAUCAGUCUUCGGUCUCCCAUUCACUCAUUUCCCGAUGAGCGCUUUCCACCCCCAGAACGAAUGCGGGCUGUCGGACGGCCGGACAGCGACCAGCCGCCUCCCUAUCUGCAUGCUGUUGGUGGGGCAAGAACGGGUGACGCGAACGCGACUCGGGCUUCCCCUUCGCUGCGCCCUCAGGAUGAGCAGAGGGGCAGUGAGGCGCCUGAUAUUCACUACCGUCGAGGAAAGAGGGCCGAGGGGCUCCCCAGCAUUUCCUCCGCUUCAGACGAUCCUUGGAUGACUGUCGGACCGUCUACUUCGCCGGUGCCCGCUUCUCCAUCGACCUACCGCAUGGGCCUACCCCACCAGCCAAUACCGGCUUCCUCCUCGUCUUCCACUCCGGACCCCCCGCCUCCGUCGCGAGAAAUGAUAGUGUACCCGGGUAAAGUCACUCGAAAUGGAACGCUGGAUGGUCCCAGACAUCGCAAAUUGCCCCUUGUCCCCGCCGUCAACGUGAUGUUCCGAGGGAACAACAUCCACACACCGCCAAACUCACCAUCUCCUAUGUCGCAAUCCUCGGGAGAGCAAUCGCCUGAGAAGGCUGUGCGUGGAAGUUCCGAGCGCAAGAUCUGCUCCGCAACUUUACUGUAUCUUGUGGACCGGGCCUAUAACAUGGACAAUUCAAACACACUGAAUCAAUUGGGAAAACUGAGCCAGGAAAUGGCGCUUCUCACGCCGAAAGCUGCUCUGGCUCAUGCGGUAAAGUAUCGGGACCUGCUCGCCCAGAUUGCAUCAGACAUGGGGCUGGCAGGGACAGAGGAUCUCACUCGAGCCUCGAAAGAGGACGAGGAGACCCUGGCCAAGAUUCUCGUCAAAGUACUCAACUCGACGACAGAUGUGCAAAGCAUCCUCCAUCUCAACGGCGCAGCUGCCCAAUCUGUUCUCGAUAUCAUUCAGCAUAUCUCGGACCACGAACUGAUUCGCACCCGCCGAGAUGUGAGCCUGCGAGCGAGGAAACUCGUGAUCAAGCUGGCGCGGUCAUGUGACAUGCUGCCCACCUCAUUGAUGAUUUCCGGCGUGUCGCAGCGCAGAGUGCAGGCGUCGUUCUGCGGUGGCUUUGGUGACGUGUAUCAGGCGAUGUACCGGGGCGAAUUAGUCGCACUGAAGCAGAUGCGCGUUUUUCAAAAUUCGGAUCAACGAGAGGUGCGAAGGAAGUUCUGCCUCGAAGCAAUGGUGUGGCAACGUCUGCGCCAUCCGUGCAUUGUACCGUUGAUUGGAAUCGACACGGAAAGCUUUCCCUCGAUGCUGUGCAUGAUUUCGCCCUGGAUGAAGAACGGAACUGUACUCACGUAUCUUUCCUCGGUCCCCGUGGCUAGUCGCGCUGCACUUGUAGAAAAAUUUAUACGUGAAAUCGCAGAAGGCCUGGCGUUCCUGCACGAUCAGAAUGUCAUUCACGGGGACCUUCGCGGGUCCAACAUCCUCGUCAACGACGAAGGGCAUGCGUGUCUCACUGACUUUGGUCUCACGGUCCUCCCGGACUGCACGAUCAGCCAAACACACAAUGGUGCCGGCAGCGUGCGGUGGAUGGCACCCGAAACCCACAACCCGACCGACUGCGGCCUACCCCCUUCUGGGCUUACGCGCCUCCCGGCCAGCGAUAUCUACUCCUUCGCAUGUCUGUGUUUGGAGCUCUACACCGGCUAUCCGCCGUUCCACAACGAGUUGAUGCGUGAUGGGGGUGUGAUUCUGAGAGUCCUCGGGGGUGAGCGGCCGAGGCGGCCUUGUGGUGGGGAUGUCGAUAUACCGGAUUGGAUGUGGGGAAUUAUGCAGCAGUGUUGGCAGCAUGAUUAUGCGGAUCGGCCGAGCAUACUGUGGAUUCUCCUGCAAUUGGCUCCGCAUCAGUCAUCUGCUAUAUUCAUCUAAUCCUAAUUUUCGUGGUGUACAACAUAGCAAGCUUGAUGGGACUCGAUAAAGCUCUUGAAAUCCCAUGAAAACGCAUUCGUUAUCAUA